AUGCCUACUCGCCAGCUAGGCCGAGAUGGCCCAACCAUCCCCAUUCUAGGCCUUGGGCUCAUGGGGUUGAGCACCUUCUACGGCACCCUUCCGCCGGACGAGGAACGGUUCAAGUUCCUUGACCGGGCCCACGAGCUGGGCUGUGUGCAUUGGGACUCGGCCAACAUGUACGGAGACAGCGAGGAGCUUGUCGGGAGGUGGUUUGAGCGGACGGAGAAGCGCAGCGACAUCUUCCUUGCUACGAAAUUUGGUAGCUACGUAAGACCGGACGGCACGAGGGAGAUUAGGAAUGAUCCUGAGUAUAUCCGGGACACGGUAAAAGAGAGCUUGCGACGGCUCAGGACUGAUUACAUCGACCUGUUGUACUGCCACCGCAUCAGCGGCAAGACCCCAAUCGAAGACAUCGUCGAGACCAUGAAGGAAUUAGUGCUCUCCGGCCAAGUCCGGUACCUCGGCAUCAGCGAAUGCGGCGCCGACACGUUGCGCCGCGCAUCCAAAAUCUUCCCCAUCCACGCCUACCAGAUCGAGUACAGCCCCUUCUCCCUAGAAAUCGAGCAACCCGCCAUGGGUGACCUGGCCAGAACCUGCCGCGACCUGGGCAUCGCCAUCGUGGCCUACUCGCCUCUCGGCCGGGGCAUGCUGACGGGCCAGUACAAGUCGCCCGACGACUUUGAAGAGGGCGAUUACCGGCGUGCUGCGCCACGGUUUUCGGCCGAGAAUUUCCCAAGGAAUUUGAAGCUCGUGGAGAGGUUGAAGGGGAUUGCGGAGAGGAAGGGGUGUACGCCGGCCCAGCUGACGCUUGCGUGGGUGAUGAAGCAGGAGGGGGUUUUUGCUAUUCCGGGCACGAAGAAGGUGAAGUAUUUGGAGGAGAACUUGGGGGCGAAUGAGGUUUAUUUGGUGAUGACGGAGGAGGAGGAGAGGGAGAUUAGAGAGGUGGUUGAAGAGGCCGAGGUGCAUGGGACGAGGUAUCCCGAGGCGAUGAUGGGGUGGUUGAUGAAGGACACCCCACCGAGGGGGUGA